AGUUCAAUAGAUCUUAAUCGGAACUAUUUGUCACAACUCUACAAUAAACAAAAGCAUUUUACAAAAUAUUAAGACUUUAUAAACAUAUAAUGGAAAUGGAGUACGAUAUGGAUCAAGUUUGUCGCUUUUGUACGCUGAACUGCAGCACACUGGAGAAUAUAUUCGUAGAACGAGAGCAGACGGAGAAUGAGCCACACUUGAUUGUAAUGCUGAAGACUUGUACCACAUGUGACAUCAGGGAAUCUGAUUCAUUGCCUCAAAACAUAUGUGGACCCUGCAGAUUGGCUGCUAGGAGUGCAUAUCAAUUCAGGAUGAAAUGCGAGCAGAGCCAACAAUAUUUCAGGGAACUGCUGAACGAUAGUGAACAGAAGCCCGACAUUGGCCAAUGGUGCUAUAUAGAAAGUAACUUAGACGAGAUUCACAUUAAAACAGAGCCGGAUGAUCCGUUGAAUGAAAUUGUCUUUGAGGAAAAUGAAGAAAGCUUAUUAACUGCAGCAGAAACCAAUGAAAUUCCAGAUGAAGAUGACUUUGAUGAGAGAAAACCUCAUGUCUGUCGUAUCUGCAAAAAGAGAUUCAAGAGAAGAUCAGCAUUAAAACCGCACAUGAAAAUACAUUCUGACGAUCGCCCCUUCAAAUGUGAAUACUGCCCGAAGGCUUAUAAAGCAAAUAAUGAGUUAAAAAAUCACAGGGCCAGUCAUUUCGACGAUCGUCCCUACAAAUGCAAACAGUGUCCGAAGGCUUUUAAAACCAAUGCAAUUUUAAAUCACCACUUGAAAAUUCAUUCCAAAGAUCGCCCCUUUAAAUGUGAUCACUGUCCCAAGACUUUUAAAACCAGUACGCUUUUAAAAAACCACUUGAAGUCCAUUUCUGAUGAUCCGCCAUACAAUUGUGAGCACUGUCUGAAGACGUUUAAAUUUAAAAACUCCUUAAAUUACCACAUGAUUGCUCAUACCGACGAUCGUCGCUUUCAGUGUGAACACUGUCCGAAGGCUUUCAAGACCAAUAGCGAUUUAAAAAAUCACCUGACGACUCAUACAGGCAUUCGAGCCUUCAAAUGUGAACUGUGUCCGAAGGCUUUCAAAACCAAUUCCCAUUUUCGAGUCCAUAUGAGGGCACAUAAUGGCGAUCUGCGCUUCAAAUGUGAACACUGUUCGAAGGCUUUUAAAACCAAUGUCGAGUUAAAAAAUCACCAUGUGACUCACACUGACGAUCGACCCUUCAAAUGUGAGCAGUGCUCGAAGGCUUUUAAAACUAAAACCACUUUAAAAAAACACAUGCAAAUUAUGCAUUCUGAGCACUGACUGAUCACUUUGCAAACUACCAAAUCAAGGGAAUAAAACAAAUCAAGGCCGAAAGAUGUAUAUUUUAAAAAUAAAUAUACUAUACUUAC